AGAAGAGGAAGCCAUCUUCAGGCGGCCCUUAGGUCGACAGCUACACUACACUAUAAAGGUCUACACCUUUAUCCGCUUAUUGUUACAGGUGGUAGCGUCGGCCCGGAAGUCGUGACAGCAUGGCGGCAGCUGUAGGGCAGUGGGAUGAGCAUCAGGCAUAUGAGGAGCUGCUGUACUGGGACAGCCUCAUACAACAGGGCCACCGUCUCCUCCCGCAUGAUUUUGAAAGAUAUGAGGAACUCCGUUACUGGUAUGACUGCCUGUGCUACGAGGAGGAGCUGAGACAAUAUCAUGAUUACAUUGCUGCUAUGGAGCAUGUUGAGGACAGUAGGCCACAUGAGGACACUGCGGCCCCUAAGGUGCAUGCUGGGCCAUAUGAUCGCCAUGUGAUGGCCAAACACUCUGAUGUGUAUCCUUCACCAGAGGAGCUGGAGGCAGUGCAGACAAUUGUCACUCGUGUGGAAUGUGCCCUUAAGACAGUCUCUGACCAGAUGGAUACUGCGAAAGGUGUCAAAAAACCAACAGAGGCAGGGAGUAAAAGCAGUGAUUCGAAAGAGCGUGUCCUGCGUGGAGUUAUGAGAGUCGGCCUGGUGGCCAAGGGACUCUUGCUAAAGGGUGACAAGGAGCUGGAGCUGGUGCUGCUUUGCUCCAACAAGCCUACCAUCACUCUGCUAAAUCAAGUGUCUGAAAAGUUAUCAGAACAGUUGGAGGCAAGUUCAGCUGGAACGUAUACAGUGACCCCGUGUCCAGGGGAUGCAACCCUUGUUGUGACAACCACUAAGGAGUCAGCUCUGACUCUCACUAUCCACCUGACAUCACCUCUUGUCAGGGCAAUGCAGGAGAAUAAAGCUGCAGAAGGAGAAGAUAAAGGAGAGGCAGAAGGAGAAGAUAAAGGAGAGGCAGAAGGAGAAGAAAAAGGAGAGGGAGAAGGAGAAGAAAAAGGAGAGGGAGAAGGAGAAGAAAAAGGAGAGGCAGAAGGAGAAGAAACGCGAACAGUCAACGAUCCGCCGGACGUUCUGGACAGGCAGAAAUGCCUAACUGCCUUGGCGUCCCUCCGCCACGCCAAGUGGUUCCAGGCCAAAGUGAACAACCUGACUUCUGCUGUCAUUGUGAUCCGGAUCAUGAGAGACCUAUGUAACCGCGUUCCUACAUGGACGCCGCUCUCCGGAUGGCCUCUUGAACUGCUGGUGGAGAAGGCUAUUGGUACAUCUGAGAGACCAAUGGGAGCAGGCGAGUCAUUGCGCAGGGUUUUGGAGUGCAUUGCAUCUGGAAUCCUCUUGCAAGAUGGCCCUGGAAUGAAAGACCCGUGUGAGAAGGAAACAGUCGACGCCGCUGCAUGUCUGACUCUACAACAGCGUGAAGACAUCACCCAGAGUGCUCAGUUUGCCUUGAGGCUGUGUGCAUUUGGACAAAUGCACAAGGUGUUGGGGAUGGACUACAAACCUACAAAGACACGGAAAUCAGCAGGAGGCAGCAGAGAUGGCACAGCCCAGAUAACACCUGCUGGACACUACAACUUACCAUCGAAGAGACCUUACACAGAGGUGGAGAAAGAAGGGGAGGAGCCACAACUCAACAGCAAACAGAGGAAGUUUCUCAAGUUCCAGAAGCGCUUUCCAAGGAAAUCAUUCACAGAUGAUUUUAGCAUGAAUGCCGUGAUGCGUCUGAACCAGUACAGACCUGGCCUGGAGUACCGACUCACCUCUCAGACCGGUCCAGUCCACGAGCCGGUCUUCACAAUGGCCGUGGAUGUAAAUGGGAAAACCUAUGAGGCAACGGGGCCCUCCAAACGAGCUUCAAAGCUGAAUGUAGCCACCAAGGUCCUGCAGGAUCUCGGCCUUCCGACAGGCUCAGAAUCUAAACCAGAGUCGACUGGUGAUGGUGAAGGAACCCAGGAAUUAGUGAAAGCUGCUAGCACGGUCUCUACUACAUCAGAAGAUAGUGGUCAGGGUCCUAUCUUGACCAAACAUGGCAAGAACCCUGUGAUGGAGCUGAAUGAGAAGCGCCGCAGCCUGAAGUACGAGCUGUCUGCAGAGACGGGGGGCUCCCAUGAAAAGUGCUUUGUCAUGGAGGUGGAGGUUGAUGGACAGAAGUUCAAAGGGAGAGGCUCUAAUAAGAAGGAAGCAAAGGCCUAUGCUGCCCUCGCUGCUCUGGAGAAGCUGUUUCCAGAUGACAAUGGAGUGUCAAAUGCCAACAGAAAUCCUUUAAAGAAGAAGGUCACUUACACCGACAUGCACAUCCCAGGGUUCGGCACUAUCCGUGGCAUUCCCUCAGACUCCGGGACUCGGGGCUGGGGUCCCCACAGAGGUCGAGGCAGGGGCCGAGGCAAACAGUUUCCUGCAGGACCCAGCUAUAACAAGACCAACUACAGUUAUGAGAGCGGCACUGGCGCAGGCUAUCAUAAACUGUAUGGUAACAAUGCAGCCGGCAAUGCAGCCAAAGGCGCUGGCCCCACUGGAUCAGGCGGCAACAGCGGCUACGGCACCUUUUACCCAGAGGGCAGCAACACCUACGCCUCCCCACCCGUCUCUGGCUCCCAUUCAGGCAACAUGAAGGAAGAGAGCUACCAGUCGAUGCCUCCUCCCACCGACCAGGAGAGCCCCUACAGCUACGGGUAUGGAGAUGAGAAGAAGAAGAUGCUGACCCAGGGUCAGAACGAGGGCCAGGGAGGAGACUACUCUAUGUACAGCACGGCGUACCCCAGCUCAGUGACAGGUGGCCAGACAUAUAAUAACUAUGGCUGGGGAAACCAGUCGUCAUGGGGGAACCAGCAGGGGUAUCAGGGGUACCAGGGCUUUGGAGGACAAAAUGACAGUUCCUACUCUGGAUAUGGCGACAUGAAUUACUAACCAUCACAUCGUGUGCAGCCUUUCUCAUCUAACUAUACCACCUUUUGACUCUGUCCACCCUUGAUGAUCAUGCUCCUAGCAUAAAGGUUCUGAAAAGGAAAAAAAAAGUGGUUGUGUUGUCUCUGAAACUGGAUUUUUAUUUUCAACUCAUUUGUUAGUUUUACAGUUGUGGGUGACACAGUUGCAGGCUUUUCUUUUGAUUUAAGUCCACCUGUUUUAUUUUAACCACAGCAUCUUUUUCAUGUCUGUGUUGACGUGAGUGUAAAAAUACCUGGUUUGUCAUCAUGUUAUGUUUCUGGAGUUGUUGUGUUUUUUAAUCUAGACAACCGGAUCUGUAUCAGUGUGUUGUGGUUUUCAUUUAAAGCUGCUUGUAGUUCUGAACUGAAGGUUUAUUUCUGUGUCAUGUAAAAUGCUUUGUUCUUUCUUGUAAAAUA